AUGCCCCCCCCUUCCCGCUCUGUCACACACACACACGCUCAGACUGCAGGCCUGGGCGUGACUCCGGUCUGGUGGGUGUUUGGGCGCUCACCGUCCAGGUCCGCGGGAGCUCUGGGCCCAGAGCGCGCCUUUCCUGGGAUCCCGGGACCACGGAGUCGCGUCGCCGAGCGCGCACCCCGAACUCCCCUCUCCCUUGGGUCAGGCCGCUCUGGGUUCUUCCAGCCACCGACCCUCCUCGGCGUCAAACUCUUGCAGCCUCGGGAGGCUCACUGCUGCGCAGAGGCCGCCCUCGGCCUCCAGCCUCGGUCGGUCCACCGCGCCGCUCCCGCCGCCAUUUGCUCAGAGUGGAGACUCCGGCUCGGACGCCGACACCCAGAGGAGGGCAGCCUCUGGCGCCUCGGACCCUCCAGCCUGGACCCCCCGACUCCGGAAACGGGAGCCGGCGUCCAAGGAGGACUCUGGCGGGCGGUGUCCGGGGGACGCCGCAACGCUGCGCCCACUCCGGUCCAGCCGAGUGAGGCUCGGUUGGGCCUGGCUGGGCCUCAGCUCAUCGGGAGCCCGGCCCGUGGAGAAGCUCGUCCCCGCCGCCGGGCUCUCAGACGGACAGCACCCCCGCUGCGAAGUGCCAGGGGAGGACGCUCGAGGAGGUCGUGCGGCCCGAGUCGCGACCACCUCGCGCCCCACGGCUUGGGACGGGAAAGCCAGGCCCUGGCUCACCCGCUCACCAGCACCCGCCGCUCACCAGCACCCGCCGCACGCCCCUGCGCUCCACACCCUCGCCCUUCUUCGCCUCGCGUCGUCAAACAGGGGUCCCGGGGCCGCCACGCCUCGGACGCCCGCGCGGGUUCCGGCGGAGAUGGAUCUAGAAAUUCCCCAGCCCCGGGAUUUCUGGGACCCGCAGGGGGACAGACUGGGCACGUUUGCGCCUUUGUGCCCACUCCUGGUAUUUCAUUAACAAAAAUCAAAACCAAACUCCUUAAAAUUUUAAUGAGACCUUCUUCCUGCAGUAACUACUCAGUGGCAGCAAAAUUCCAGGACUGGGGGCCCGAGGGCUGGGGGAGAAUUCAUCCCCCGACGUGUUGGACAGAGCUAAGUCAUCCUGGGCGCAGGGUUAGAGAAGAGAGGGUGCCGGCUGUCAUGGCUAUGGAGAUGAUGCAGACCUCAUGGACCGGCAGCCUACAGGACUUGUGAGGGUUUCGUGUGGAUAUGUCUACUCUUGAGGAUGCCCAAGCCCUUCUCAAGUUUUCAUACUAACCUGACUGCACCCAUGAGUAGCCAGACUGUGCCUCAGGCCACCCCCAGGGAAGGGCUUUCCUAUUCUAAGUUUCUGUGACUCUGAGAAUGCAAGUGAACAAAAUGAGGCUGAAAAACCGGGGUUCAGAUCCCCAUAACUCAAGACUGAAAGCAGCAAGGGUCCUGGGAGCCAGAUAUGGCUGGAUUCUAGCCCAGCCCAACUCUGAUUUUCUGUGUUUCCUGCAGUCUAUCCCUUUCCCUCUCUGGACUUCCCCUCUUUGGCCUCUCCUGUGAAGAGGGAAUAUAGCACUACAUUUUCUCCAAAAGUCCUUCCAUUUCUGAUAGGGGUGAGGUUGUGCCCAUGUUUCCCAAAGAGAACUCUGUGCAACCCUUCUUCUCCUUGAAAAAUGGGUUUUGUGGUUAGGUAAGUUUGGAAACAUUUUCAAAACAUAAGCCUUCUCUUGCAGUUAUAAUUCAUAUUCACAAAUUAAAGGCUCUUAAGAGUACUGAAGUCAGGAAACCUGUUUAACUUUAUUUAACCCAGCAUUUUCCAAACUUAUUUGACUGUAGAACCACAUAACUUUUUUCCACUUAAUAUCUAUUGGUGCUGGGGUUCUACAGAGCACACUUUGGGAAUCACUGGCUAAUGCCAAGGGCUGAGGCAAGAGGCAGAUGAAUAUGUCAGCACCCGAUGUUGCCUUUCCUCUGCACCCCAAGGUGUGGGCCACUUGCCCUCUUCUCUCUGUACCUUAGUUCGUUGGCCCAUUCAGAAAACAUUGACUGAGUAUCUGCCACAUGCCAGGGACUGAGCUGGUCACUCAGCUCAUACUAGAUAGAUAGCUCCUGCCCUCAUAAAGCUCCCUGGCUGGGGUGGCAGGGGAGAGCCUAGGUACUGCCUUGGCCUGAAAGAGCAUGUUAAAGAUUCUUUUGUCCCUUCUGUUCCAUGGGCUGACAUCAAUUUGCCAUUGGUGUCAUUAGUAGAUUCACUCUGUUCAGUCUCACCUGCCUAUAAAGCACACAAAUAUGUUCAUUCAUUCAUUUAACAAGAAUGAAUAUUGAGCUGAUUCAGCUUCUCAAAGUGGAAGCCCUGAGUUCCCUAGUGCCUCACCAGGGCAUUUCCCAACCCCCUCAGCACCACCAACCCCGGAUCCUCCCCCAUGUCCCUAUUUUUUUAUCUCGAGAGUGACACAUUCUCUCUGAUCAUUAUUUUUUCUUUCUCUGGGUCCUUUUCCCUAAGCCUUUGAAAGUAAAAGCUAGGACAAGCCAUUGUUUCUCUUUCUGCUGUCCCAUCUCUCCCCUUGAAGUAUGCAGCACAGACCAGCCUGGGGGGUGGGGGAAAAAGAGAAAGAAAUACCUAGAAUUGUUAAAAAAUCAUUAACAGUUCAAACAUAUUAUAUUACCAUAAAACAACAGCAAUUUUUAAAUAUGCUUUUUACAAAAGCACACCAGCCUAUGGAUUGUACUACAAGCCCCUUCUGUGAUGAGCAUCAUGGUUCUGUGAGGCCAGAAUGUUGAGGUCACGAUCAUUCAUUCAGCCCUGACUGGUGUAGCUAUCUGUCAGGUGUCAUCCUGCCAAGUGAAACAUUGCCGGUUUGAAUCCUGGUCAGGGAAUAUGACUGAGUUGUGAGUUCAGUCCCCAGUCAGGGUGCAUAUGAGAGGCAACCAAUCAAUAAUUCUCACUCACAUUGAUGUUUCUCUCCCUUUCUCUCUCCUUC